AUGCAUCAAAGACCCUGGAUUCGGCUCAAGCAAAUUACACCACGACAGAAAAAAGAGCUUCUUGCCAUUGUUUUUGCUUUAGAUAAAUUCAGAUCAUAUUUAUUAUGUUCUCACGUGGUUGUAUUUUCUGAUCAUGCAGCGUUGAAGUUUCUCCUCAAGAAGUCAGAUGCUAAGCCCAGAUUGAUUAGAUGGAUGCUUCUCCUCCAGGAGUUUAAUUUGGAGAUACGAGAGAGGAGUGGGAAGGAGAAUUUGGUUGCGGAUCACUUGAGCAGAAUUGAAGGAGACAUGGACUAUACGGCUAUUGAUGAUGACUUUAGAGAUGAGAAACUCUUUCAGAUGCAUGGUGAGUUACCAUGGUAUGCAGAUCUGGUUAAUUUUUUAGUAGGUAAUGUUUUUCCUGCACAAUUUUCAAAAGCUCAAAAGGACAAAUUGAAAAGUGAUUCAAAAUAUUAUGUGUGGGAUGAUCCUUAUCUGUGGAAAUUUUGUAGCGAUCAGAUUAUUAGGAGAUGCAUACCUGAUUUUGAGUUCCAGUCUGUACUUGCAUUUUGUCAUUCAUUUGAGUGUGGGGGGCAUUUUGGACCCCAGAGGAUUGCGAAGAAAGUUUUGGAGUGUGUUGAUUAUGUUUCCAAAUGGGUGGAGGCCAUCCCCACCAGGACUGAUGAUUCUUCAGUUGUUGUUAGUUUUGUUAGGACACAUAUUUUUUGCAGGUUUGGCGUGCCCAGGGCAAUAAUCAGUGAUCAAGGGUCACAUUUUUGUAACAGACGCAUGAAGACUAUGCUGAGCAGAUAUGGAGUUUCACAUAGAAUUUCCACUCCCUAUCAUCCCCAAACAAAUGGACAAGCAGAAGUAUCAAAUAGAGAAGUGAAGUCAAUUUUGGAGAAAACAGUGAGACCUGAUAGGAAAGAUUGGAGUAAGAGAUUAAAUGAUGCACUUUGGGCUUACAGGACAGCUUUCAAAACACCCAUAGGGAUGUCUCCAUAUAGGAUGGUGUAUGGUAAAGCUUGUCACCUUCCAGUGGAAAUUGAACAUACAGCAUUUUGGGCAGUGAAAGCUUGUAAUUUUGAUGCUAGCGCAGCUGGAGAAGAGAGGAAAUUACAACUCCAAGAACUUGAAGAGAUUAGACUAGAGGCAUUUGAGAACUCGAGGAUCUACAAAGAAAAGACCAAGAAUUUUCAUGACAAGCACAUUAUAGGGAAGGAGUUCAAAAUUGGUGACAAAGAAACAGUGGCCAGAGAAAAAAAAACAGAAUUGCAGGGAAACAGAAAUGUAUUCAGUUUUGGGCAGAAAUACAGAAAUGCAGAUUUGUGCAGAGUUGUAAAAGCUGAGAGCUAUGGUGAAAUAGAUACAGAAACAGAAACAUACAGCUGA